ACAUGUAUGUGGUUAGCAGCAGCCCCCACGUGGCGCCUCCGGUCCUCAGCCUCAACGGUUGAUAACUGUUUGUUUCCUUCCUCUUGGCGGCCCCACUCCCCACCAAUCCCAUAGCAGAUCCCUCCGAAUCUACUUCACCUUCAUCAUCAUCUUCUUAUUCUCAAUUGCUUCACACAAUCGACCAAGGCCAGUGGGGAGAGAAAAUGAGAUCCUUGAGUUCAGGCUUUGUGGUCAUUGAUCUUCACUCUUCAUGGCACUCCGCCAAUCAUAUACCCAUUUCAACCGUCGCUUUCCUUCAAAACACCGGCUUCAUCUCCUCCGUCUCUUCGUCAUUUCGUCGAACACGUGGGAUCGCUUCCGCGAAGUCUUCCAUCCCAUUAAUUAGGUCCCCCGGAAUUCGCCGCCCAGUAGAAAGGUUCUCGCCGGGAAAUGGGUCGACCUCCAAUUCUCCAAAUUCGCCUUCCACGUCGAGAUCGGAGGCGGUUUCUGAAUUGGACAUGUUUCUUGAAUUGGUGCCUUUGAGGAUGAGGAAGGAGCUGUUCGGGCACGCCGAGAUUGGGGAUUUGAUUGAAGUGGUGAUGGAUUUAGGAAGGAAGCCUCUUGCGAGGUUUCCUUCCGGCGAUUGGCUGAUAUCAGAGCAGAUCGUGAAGCUCGAAGAUCUACAGCAUGCAAUAUCCAAGGUUGGUGAGUUUUCGGAUGACAAUCGUUCGGGCAUUAAUCACUCCCUACACCGUAUAAGUGCUAUUAGAAACCGUAAAAUGCAAAUCAUUGGCCUCACUUGUCGGGUGGGUCGAUCUGUGUCAGGAAGUGCUGAGAUAGUACGUGACUUGGUUGAGGGGGGAGGUUCUAUAUUGGUCAUAGGGCCUCCUGGAGUUGGCAAAACUACUUUAAUCAGAGAAAUAGCUAGAAUGCUGGCAGAUGAGCAUAUGAAACGGGUUGUGAUUGUAGAUACAUCAAAUGAAAUUGGAGGUGAUGGAGAUGUUCCUCAUUCUGGAAUAGGUCGUGCAAGGAGGAUGCAAGUUCCCAAUGUUAAUAUGCAGCAUAAUGUCAUGAUUGAAGCGGUUGAAAAUCAUAUGCCUGAAGCCAUUAUAAUUGAUGAAAUUGGAACAGAGCUUGAAGCAUUAGCUGCCAGUACGAUCGCUCAAAGAGGAGUUCAGCUAGUUGGAACAGCACAUGGAAUGACUAUUGACAACAUAAUGAAGAACCCCUCUCUGCAGAUCCUUGUUGGUGGCAUAGAGAGUGUGACUCUUGGCGAUGAGGAAGCAAGAAAAAGGAAGGUGCAGAAGACAAUUCUUGAGAGAAAAGGACCUCCUACAUUUACAUGUGCUGUUGAGAUGAUAUCUAGAACCCAUUGUCGUGUUCAUCACAGAUUGGAUGCUACAGUAGAUGCAAUACUGGCAGGAAAAUCUCCUCUGUUUGAACUUCGUCACAUGGAUGCUGAAGCUAACAUUUCCCAGAAGCCUACGCUGGCAUCUGAAAAGAAACUUCUAGAAGAAUCUAGGAUGACUAAAAGUGAAGUAGUAGAAUCUGAUGAGAAACAUGUACAUCAUUCUCCCAGUCGUUCCAACCCAUGGAGCACUGAUAAACCAGUGAGCAAGCAGAGCUCAGCGGUGUGUGUUUAUACCUACAAGAUCCUAGAAGCUGAUCUUCUACAAGUAGCAAAAGUGAUGGGGCUUGAGGACGAAAUAGAUGUAACUGAUGACAUUGGAACAGCGGAUGCAAUUCUAGCAUCUAGUUCUGAACUGAAACAAUACCCAUGGAUCCGUGGUGUAGCUAAAUUCCAUCAGUUGCCAGUGUUUGUUAUUAAGUCAAAUACCAUGGCGCAAAUGGUGAAGGCAGUCCGCAUGAUUCUUGGAAUAGAAUCUUUUGGUUCAAAACCGAAGAAGCCACUGAAAAGUUCUUUUGACAUUGAAGUCGAAGAUGAUGCACCAAAACGAAAACCCUCAUUGGAAGAGAUUGAUGCCUUGGAGGAGGUUCGCCUUGCAAUUGAGUAUAUUGUGAUUCCUGGUGGGGAGCCAGUAGAACUUCUCCCCAGACGCUCAGACAUAAUUGCUCGGCAACUUGAGCUUGUAGAAAGCUAUCAGCUGGCAGUGGAGAAUUCAGGUACUGAACUGAACCCCAGGUUGCAGAUCCUUCCUCUGAGGUCGAACAAGAAGACUACUAAUAAAUCUUCCAAAUCCAGUUUACAAAAGGAAACAAACGUUAAACCACUAACUAGCGGCGGUGGUGGCACCAGUGUUGCUCGUCUCCCCCUUUUACCUGAAUGACUUAACCAUGUCUCCUUUGUAACAUGCUCCGAUCCUUGGUUGAUUGAUAAGUGUACCAUAUGAUGUACAGUCAUUGAAAAUUAUGAUUCUCUUAUGAUUUAAACCAUGUAUUGAUUUCUUUCUCAGUGGAAUGAUAAAUCUCCUUGCUGCAUCAAAA